CACAUACCUCAUCAUUUUCACCAGCAUCAAGUCACACACACACACACACGCUCGCGCGCCCUCGUAGCUGAGGUGUGAGGAUACAGGAGCCGGUCCACAGACGGUUUUGAACAACCAUCUGAAGACAAACUGUGGAGUUUGGAGUUGAUUCCUCACAGUGUGGAUCCAGACUUCACCUUGUCCACGACCCCAACUGCUGUUGAAUUUGGGGGAAAAAAAGCUUUUACCAUGGCACACUCGACCGCUGACGGGAAUAUGGUGUGGGUGUCAGGCUCCGGAGCUGUACUAUUGAUAUUCUUGAGUCACAUGACUUCAGCGCUAGAAGUGCCCCUUGAUCCUAAAGUACUGGAAGGAUUGCCUCAGCCCCCGACUAUAACGCUGCAGUCCCCAAAAGAUUACAUCUUCGAUCCGCGGGAGAACAUCGUCAUCCACUGUGAGGCCAAGGGGAAGCCGCAUCCCUUCUUCUCCUGGACGAGAAAUGGGACCCACUUUGAUGUUGAGAAAGACUCCAAGGUCCUGAUGAAGCCCGGUUCAGGAACUCUGGUCAUUGACAUCAGCGGGGAGAAAGCGGAGGCUUACGAAGGCACGUACCAGUGUACAGCCCAUAAUGACCACGGCACGGCUGUAUCCAACAACUUUGUCAUCAGACAGUCCAGGUCCCCCCUGUGGUCAAAGGAGAGAAAUGACGCCAUCACUGUGCAGAGAGGGGUUUCCCUGGUGCUGCAGUGCCGGCCCCCUGCUGGGCUGCCGCCUCCUCUUAUACUGUGGAUGGAUAACAACCUUCAGAAGCUCCCGCUGGAUCAGCGCGUGUCCCAGGCCCUGAACGGAGACCUGUACUUUGCCAACGUUCUCCCAGAAGACACCAGGAGCGACUACAUCUGCUACGCCCGCUUCCCUCACACACGGACCAUCCAGCAGAAACAGCCCAUUUCAGUCACUGUGCUCGACAUGGAAACAAUGAAUGAGACUGUGGCUGCUUUAUACAAUAUCACUGAAUUUGGUAGCGACAGACCGGAGGGGGAGCAUCGCCCGGGUUUCAUGUUGCCUCUGGGCCCCGCUAGCACCCAGAUGGUUCUGAGAGGAGAGACUCUGGUACUGGAGUGCAUCGCUGAGGGCUUGCCCACUCCAGAGAUCUCAUGGCAGAAGGAUGGAGGCGAGCUGAUAAGCAGCAGGAUUUCCUUGCACAACUUCAAAAAAAUGCUGAAGAUUUCUGAAGUGAACGAGGCUGAUGCUGGAGAUUACCGCUGCACGGCCACAAACAAACUGGGAACUGCGCACCAUGUCAUCAAGGUCACUGUUAAAGCGGCUCCUUUCUGGAUCAGUGCCCCCAGGAACCUGAUCCUCGCCCCGAAUGAGACUGGCAUUGUGACUUGUCGAGUCAAUGGAGAACCCAAGCCACAGAUUAGCUGGUUUGUCAACGGAGUCCCCAUAGCAAAUGCUCCUGAGGACAAGAGUCGCAAAGUGGAGGACGACACUGUGAUCCUCAGCAGUGUGCAGUCAGGAUCCAGCGCUGUCUACCAGUGUAAUGCAUCCAAUGAGUUUGGCUACCUGAUGGCCAACGCUUUUGUCAGUGUUCUUGCUGAACCACCGAGAGUGCUCACUCCACCCAACCAAGUGUACCAGGUCAUCACCAACAACCCGGCGCUCCUUCACUGCUCCUCCUUUGGCUCACCAUUACCGACCAUCACAUGGUUCAAAGACAGUCAGACCAGCGUUAAGGAUGGGGACCAGUAUGUGAUUCAUGAGAAUGGUACGCUGGAGAUCCACGUGGCCCAGCCACUAAACAGUGGAAAAUACACCUGCAUUGCCACCAACAACCUGGGGAUCAAGGAGAACCAUGUUUUCCUGGAAGUUAAAGAGCCCACACGCAUCCUAAAGCAGCCAGAGUACAAGGUGGUGCAGAGAGGAAUGAGCGCUGUGUUCGAGUGUAAAGUCAAACACGACCACUCCCUCGUUCCUACCAUGACGUGGCUCAAAGACAACGCAGAACUGCCGGAAGAUGGAAGGUUUGCGGUGGAAACAGACCGUCUGAACAUCAAAGAUGUGACCAGUGAAGACGAGGGUACCUAUACCUGCAUCGUCAACACAACUCUGGACCGAGACUCAGCCAGUGCCAUGCUGACCGUUGUUGAGGCAACUCCUACUCCGGCUAUUGUCUACGAGAAACCUGACCCUCCAACUGACCUAGAAUUGACGGACCAAACAGACAGGAGUGUUCAGCUCACCUGGAUCCCUGGCGACGACCACAACAGUCCCACUCAGAAGUUCUUGAUCCAAUAUGAGGAUCUGCUGCACCAGCCAGGAACCUGGAACAACCUGACCGAUGUUGUAGGCACGAGCACCACAGCACAAUUAAACCUCUCUCCGUUCGUCUACUACUCUUUCCGAGUACUGGCUCUAAAUCAUGUGGGCUACAGUGACCCCAGCCAGCCCUCGCGCCAAUACAGGACCAAUCCUGCAGCUCCUGAUGAAAACCCUUCUGAUGUCCAGGUAGUAGGAACAGAACCUGGCAGCCUUGUCAUUUCCUGGACACAACUGACAGGACUCCAGUCCAAUGGACCGGGUUUGGAGUACAAAGUGCAGUGGCGACAGAAGGACACGGACACAGACUGGUCAUCGCAAAAUGUGGCCAACGACUCCAAGUUCAUCAUGACUGGAACUCCCACCUUUGUGCCGUUUGAAAUUAAAGUCCAAGCUAUAAAUGAUUAUGGCAGCGGACCAGAGCCUGAACUAGUGGUUGGGUACUCUGGAGAAGACUUGCCACUUUCUGCACCUGAGAGCAUACAGGUCAUGGUCAAUAACGGUACACUAGCAGAAGUACACUGGGAACCUGUGUCUCCCAAUUCAGUGAGGGGGAAACUGCAGGGAUACAAGGUAUUCUACUGGCGUGAACGCGGCUUGCAUGAGACUGAGGAGGAGAAGGAUCAUAAGGAGCAGGUUUUGAUGUUCAGUGGGAACCGUAGCGAGGGGCGUCUACCAGGCCUCCAGCCUUACAGCCUCUACAAACUCUUCAUCAAGGUCUUUAACAGCAAAGGAGAUGGGCCUCCGAGCCCCAACAAGACAUUUGAGACACCUGAGGGAGUCCCAGGGUCCCCAUCUUUUCUGAACAUCGUCAGCUCCAGUUUGGACUCAAUAACUCUGGAAUGGGGUCCACCAAAAAACAGCAAUGGACGCCUUGCUGGAUAUACAUUAAAAUAUCAAGCAGUCAACAACACCAAUGAAGUGGGUCCAGCCAAAUACAUGAAUUUCCUUGCUAACGAGACCAGAAUCACUCUGGGAAAUCUGAAUGCCAGCAUGCUCUACAAGUUUUACUUAAGUGCAAAGACAAUCAAGGGCUCUGGCCACAUCAUCACUGAGGAAGGCUUCACAGUCAUGGACACAGCUCGUACUCAGCCCACAGUAGAGACGGGCAAAGGCCCCACAGAGCCCCCUCACCCAACUUCCCCCAUCACUCAGUCUCCAAAUUCCCCGUUACACAAGGCACCUCCCGUAGGCCCCGUGUUUGGCACAGUUAACACGUCUGUAUCCGAAGAAGGUGCCGUGAUCAGUUGGGAAUACUCCGGACACCAUAAGAAUAUCUAUGUGGAAUAUAUUGUAGAAAACAGUAAAGAGGACUGGAAAAAGGAGUUGGUAAACGGUUCACACUCGCAUAUGAUAAAAGGUUUAAAGCCGGGGACGUCCUAUAGGGUGCGUGUGGUAGCUAGAGACCCGACUGACGCGACAAUCCACAGCACAGACGAAGUGUUGGUUACAGUGCCAGCUGUACCCAGUCGGCAGGUAGACAUUGCCACCCAGGGCUGGUUUAUUGGACUGAUGUGUGCCAUCGCGCUUCUCAUUUUGGUCCUCCUCAUAGUGUGCUUCAUCAAGAGGAACAAAGGUGGAAAAUAUCCAGUUAAAGAGAAAGAAGAGGCUCACCAAGACCCUGAGAUCCAGCCCAUGAAGGAGGAUGAUGGGACAUUUGGAGAAUACAGUGACACAGAAGACCACAAGCCGCUGAAAGGAAGCCGGACGCCGUCCAAUGGGACGGUGCGCCGCGACGAGAGCGACGACAGCCUGGUGGACUACGGGGAGGGCGGGGACGGACAGUUCAACGAGGACGGCUCCUUCAUUGGCCAGUACAGCGGCAAGAAGGAGAAGGACACGCACGAAGGCAACGAGAGCUCGGAGGCGCCCUCGCCCGUCAACGCCAUGAACUCGUUCGUCUAAAAGGCCAGCGGCCGCCGCCGCCUUGUUGCAGUGAUCGCGCUGUGGCCACUCCUCUUGUCACCUUCGCAAAUGUGACCAUCUGACAGUGGUGACAGUUGCCAAGGUGACGGACAUCGUGGGCGCCUCCUCCUCCCUAACCGCGGUAGCUGUUUGAUGUUGCUUGAGCAGUCAUGGCUACCGGUCACCGAGACUGCUGACACGCCGUCAUCUUCACCCUCCCUCGCUAACCCCCCCUCCUGUCACACUGUGACCCCCUCUGAAUCCUGUAACACACACUCAACAUGGUAAAGACUGACACUCCCA